AAUAGAUUUAUUUCAGUGCACGUAUUUAUUUAUGAACUCUCGGUCACUACCUUCUCAAGAAAUCAUCUCUGUAUUUUGGAUUUUUUGUUGAGGUUUUCCAUAUUGGGUGAAAAAUCACAAAAAGGUAUGGUUCGCAUUCUUUUUGUUCAUCCGGAUCUGGGAAUCGGUGGUGCAGAGCGGCUGGUAGUUGACGCGGCACUUGCCCUACAAAAUAAAGGUCAUACGGUCAGCUUCCUGACUAACCAUUAUGAUCCGGAACAUUGUUUUGAAGAAACAAAGGAUGGUAAGCUAGCGGUCACAACCGUGGGUGAUUGGAUUCCGAGGGAUAUUUUUGGCAAAUGUUACGCAGUUUGUGCUUACGUCAGGAUGGUAUAUGCGGCAUUCUACUUUACCUUUUUCUUAGCAAAAAAGGAACGAUACGAUGUGGUGUUCUGCGACCUGAUUUCGCUAGGCAUCCCCAUUAUGCGACUGGCACGCCCAAACCCGAAGAUUUUGUUCUAUUGCCAUUACCCGGAUCAAUUGCUUUCCAAGCCGGGUAACCUGCUAAAGAAAUACUACCGGAUGCCUUUGAAUUUCCUAGAGGAAGUCACAACUGGACAGGCAGAUGGAAUACUGGUGAAUAGCAAGUUUACUAGUCGUGUAUUUAAGGAGACGUUCAAACGUAUAUCCGUUGAUCCGGACAUUCUUUAUCCAUCCUUGAAUACCAAAUAUUUUGAUGAAACGAUUGUACAAGAAAAAGAUCAAAUUUCCGGUAUUCCUCCAGGGUCUUUUGUGUUUCUUUCCAUAAACCGUUAUGAAAGGAAAAAGAAUCUUCCCCUCGCUCUUCAUGCUUUCAAGAAGUUACAAGAACAUGUGUCGCCACAUGAAUGGAAUAAACUAUUACUCAUAAUGGCCGGAGGAUACGAUGAUCGCGUACUGGAGAACGUGGAACAUUUUGACGAGUUGGAAGAUCUAGCCGAAGAUAUGGGCCUUCGUACUAAGAUAAAACUCCUCCGUUCGCCGAGCGAUCGAGAGAAGCUCUUCCUACUUCAACGCACCCAGGUUCUAGUUUAUACUCCGGAGAACGAGCACUUUGGCAUAGUUCCUCUUGAGGGCAUGUAUCUUGCCAAGCCGGUCAUUGCAGCCAACAGUGGCGGUCCAACGGAAACAAUUAUUCAUGAUCAAACCGGAUUCCUUUGUGAUCCACAACCCACCAGCUUUGCUGCAGCUAUGGCCAAGUGUGUCAAAGAUGACCGUAAUUGUGAACGAAUGGGUGAAAUGGGCCGCAAGCGUGUACAGCAGCGGUUUGCCUUUGAGGCAUUCAGUAACAAACUGGACAACAUCGUUACCGAUCUGGUAAACAAGGGCGAUGAAUCGAAAAAGCAGAAAUAGCAAAGAAUUGCCUUUCCGCUAUCGACGUUUUUGCUACUGCAGAAUAUGCGGAACUUGAACUAUGACUGAACUGAUACUGUCUGGCAAUUUAUUUCCUUCACGGUGGUGUUAUAUAAGGUUGCAGGGAUCUCUCAUCUCUGGUCCAAUUGCACAGCUGCACUGAUUUGCACCCUGACUGAAGAGUCCAAAUUUAUUUUACCUAUGUGAUAUUUAAGCCAGCAAAUACAGUUUAAUAAAGUUGCUAAAUAAGGUAUGACUAGGCGUAGUUAAUAAUUAUGUACAUAUUGAAAAUGCUUGUUUUCUGGUCGCAAUAAAAGUUGAAUUUUGCCGUAGAAAUUAGGGGACUGUGGGGUCACCCUAAUCAGUGGAGCGUCCGGAUCUGUGAAUUGAUUUCGAAUUUGGUAUAGGGUUCCGUUAACCAUCUCACUGAACAUAUAUUUGUCGCAUCCCAAAACAAAGAAAUACAGCACCAGUCUCGUCGCUUUUUUUA